CCGAAUUGAAGGAUUCGAGUCUUCAGUUUUAUACUUUCUUUCGGAGGCCAAGACACAUUUUCGUCGCAAAAUGGCAGUUACGAUGAGUAGACAACGGAAGAUCGUAAUAUUUCUGAUUAUGGGGGCGAUUUCACUUUUGGGGACCGGUACUGGUGUUCUGACUUAUUUCUUAAUAAGAGAUUCCCCCUCUGAUGAAUCGUCUGAUGAUGAAUCAUCUGGCGUCUACGAUAAAUGGGCCGUUGCCACGGAUACACUAAAGUGCUCCGAAAUCGGAAACGAGACCCUCAAAGCUGACGGUUCCGCAGUGGAUGCUGCCAUCGCCGCCAUGUUCUGUUUGGGUGUGGUCAGCAUGCACUCAUCAGGGAUAGGAGGUGGGGGAGUGAUGUUGGUGUACAAUCAAACAUUAAAGAAAGCAACAGUCAUCGACUUCAGAGAAACUGCCCCAGCCACAGCCGACAAGAACAUGUUUAAGGGCAACGAAAGUAAAUCCAGGAAAGGUGGUCUGUCUAUUGCUGUUCCCGGUGAGGUGCGCGGUAUGUACGAGGCUUGGAAACAACAUGGUCGGUUACCGUGGAAACGCCUUGUUCAACCCGCCAUCGACUUGGCCAAAACUGGAUUUAAAGUCACUGAAGCUGUGGAUGAUGCACUGAAGACGACAAAAGGAAUUAAAAAAGAUAUUGAAAACGACCCAGGAUUGAGUGAGCUCUUCCUUACUGAUGACAAAACGCUGGUUGAAAAAGGAGCUAAAAUUAAGAACGUAAAGUAUGCAAAGACUCUGGAAAGAGUGCGUGACGAUCCUGACUCCUUCUACAAUGGAACGCUCGCUGGUGACAUUUUGCGUGACAUGAAGGAAGUCAAUGGGAGCGUGACUGAAGGAGAUUUAAGAAAUUAUUCGUCGAUUAUAAGAGAGCCAUACCAGAGUAAACUCUCGAACAUGAAAAUGUACCUGACCCCACCCCCGACAAGUGGCGCUGUACUAGCACUUAUCUUAAACAUUAUGAGAGGGUACAACAUGACAUCGUCAGCUCGUGAUGACGUGAACGCCACCGUGCUCAAGUAUCACCGAAUUAUUGAAUCCUUUAAGUUCAGCUAUGCAUGGCGCAGUCUGCUCGGAGAUCCCAAGCGUAACCCCGAGAUAGUAGAGAAUGCAAAAAAAAUGUUGGAUCCAAAAAGAGGGGAUGACCUACGUGACAGAAUACGCGAUAGCAAAACUUAUAAGAAUGUAUCGUAUUACGCGGAUUCCUUUUCGAAUGCUGAUUACGGUACGACACACGUGGCUGUACUGGCCCUAAAUGGAGACGCAGUUUCUGUGACAACAACUAUUAAUAUGAGAUUUGGCGCUAAAUAUCGAUCCACCAGAACAGGCAUUAUCUACAACAAUCAGAUGGCAGAUUUUGAUAUUCCUGGUCACGAAAUAGUGGAUGAUAUUUCUCCUUCACCAUUCAAUUUUCCUGAGCCUGGCAAGCGACCGUUCUCCUCCAUGUGUCCCACCAUUUUUACCGAUAACGACGGAAAAGUUCGGCUUGUUAUUGGUGCCUCUGGUGGGAAAAUGAUAACCACUGCUGUGUCACUGGUGUUAAUGAACAAACUCUGGUUUGGUUAUGACUUGUCUGAGGCGGUAAACAAACCACGACUGCACACACAACUGGUGCCUGAUCAGAGAGUCUUUUAUGAAAAUGAACACAAUGGGACCUAUCGCAUUCAAGAUGACGUAAUAGAAGGCUUAAGAGAACGAGGUCACAACAUCACAGGAAGCGAAUCGUUCGCUGUGGUGCAGGCGAUUUAUAACGAACCGGGUGUCAGAAUAUUCGCCAAGUCUGAUCCGAGAAAGCAUGGAGCGCCCGCGGGUGAAUAGAACUUUCGUUCAGAGACAACCGUCAGUUUUGUUGACUGACCUCAACUUGCUUUGAAACGCAACAUAGUUUGGUAAUUCCACAUUCUUAAACUGUUUUUAUAACACAGUCGUUCCUAUUGAAAAGAUGCAAUUCUCGAGAGAAAUGCAAGUGAUACAAUCCACUAGAAAACUGAACUAUUUGAUUAAUAUAGCUCAGUCAGUUUUGUCGACUAACCUUAACUUGCUUUUAAACGCAGCAUUGUUUGGCAACUCCAUAUUCUUAAACUGUUUUCAUAACACAGUCGCUCUUAUGGAAAAAAGGCAAUGCUCAAGAGAAAUGUAAAUGAUGUAAUCCAUUAGAUAACUAAACCAUUUGAUUAAUAUAAUUCACUAUGUUUGAAAAAGUCUAGAACUUAUUUCCAGUCAUUGCUAUUUUAAUGAUAUACAGUGAAUAAAGGCAAGUUGUAUAAAAAAUACGA